GUAAUCAGACAGCACUUCACAUCUCGAGCUGUAUUCUACUGGACACAGCGUUACUUAUUUAAAGAACACAACUUAAAUAAGCAAACAGAAAUGAAAAUAAAAACACUGGACAUCCGGCACACAUGCGGUACUCGAGGCUCAAGUGACUGCAGACUGUUCACAACAAAAACAAAAACAGCUUGCUGAUCUUAAAGGAGCCACAUCUUAUUUCACUCGUUACAUGUGAAAUGCCUGAGCUUCUUGAUAACCAGCCCUACGACGAGACUCUGGACAUCAGCAACUCAGAAGAGCUGGCCAGUUUGGACACACGUACUCCACGGCAAGCAGUCUUAAGGAACACAAGCCUACAGCAGCUGAAUUACAUGGCCAGUAGUGGCAAUGAUGAGUCUGAAGACAGUAUCAAGCAAAAAAAGACAGGACCACCUGCUAGACCAUGUGAACCAGCUGAAACUGAUGAUGAGGAUUAUGAUGAAGAGGAUGAUGAUGAAGAGGAUUCUGAUGACACAGAGUCAGAUGAAGAUGAUGGGGAGCCAAGACCAGCUCCAGAAGGGGCAUAUGAUCCAUCAGAUUAUGACCAUCUCCAUGUCUCAUCAGAUAUAAAAGACAUUUUCCAGUUCAUCACACGAUACACACCUCAGAACAUUGAACUGGAUCAUAAGCUGAAGCCUUUUAUUCCAGACUUCAUUCCAGCUGUAGGCGACAUUGAUGCUUUCCUUAAAGUUCCUCGGCCGGAUGGGAAGGUGGAUGGUCUGGGCUUGGUAGUGUUGGAUGAACCAUGUGCUAAGCAAUCAGACCCAGUGGUGCUCUCCAUGGGGCUUUCUGAGAACAGUAAACAGCACAAUGUCGCUGAAGUGAAGGUGAAGAGUAUCGAGAGUGCACAGAAGAACCCAAAAGCUAUUGAUGACUGGAUAGAUAGCGUCAGUGAACUCCAUCGCUCCAAACCUCCAGCCACAGUUCUGUACACCAGACCCAUGCCAGACACUGAUACCCUGAUGCAAGAAUGGCCACCUGAGUUUGAAGAGCUUUUGGGCAAGCUGAACCUCCCCACAGCAGAUAUUGACUGUGACCUGGAAGAGUACAUCGACACAAUUUGCGGUAUCUUGGACAUUCCAGUAUACGAGAGCCGAAUCCAGUCUCUCCAUGUCCUGUUCUCACUUUAUUCUGAAAUCAGAAACUUCCAGCCUGAGCUUAUUGCUAAGUCGCCCAACAACAAGACUCUGGACAUCAAUGACUCAGGAGAGGUGGCCAGUUUGUACGCACCUACUCCAUGGCAAGCAGGUCAGCUGAGGCUCUUAAUGCUGUAUGAUUUCAGUGUGAAACAUUUCCAGCAUUGCUAA